AUGGCGAUGCCCGCCGGGUGCAAGUACACGCCCAAGGAGGAGGUUCUUGUCGGAAAUGUGCUGAGGAGGAAGGUGCGCGGGGAGCCGCCGGAUCCUGCUGCCGCCGACUGCAUCAGAGAAGCCGACGUAUACGGCCACCACCCGGCGCAGCUCACCGCUCUCUUCCCGCCCACGAAUCAAGGACCCCACGAGUGGUUCUUCUUCAGCUGGUGCAAAGUCAAGGGCAAGAGAGCCCGCUGCGGAGGCCGAGAUGAUCACCAAGAAGCACGGCGCGGGGACGGAUUCAAGAGGGGGAGGAAGGAGAGGUCGGUGCGUGAUGCCGGAGGCGCAGGGAUCGGGCAGUGGAGGUCCACGCAGGCCGCCAAGAGAGUGAUUCAAAUCGACGUCUCGGGCUGUGUCGUCACGGUCGGAUACCAUCAGAAUUUUGAGUUCCGCGACAGCAAGAAGCAAAAGACCGAUUGGCUCAUGGAAGAGUACGGCCUCCUCCCGUCCUCCGGCGGAGCCGAGGCCGCAGGCCGCGAUGACAAGGAGCAGGUGAUCUGCAAGAUCUACAAGACGCCCGCUGCAAGACGCGCCGAGGCGAAACAAUCUCUGGCGCCGGCUACCCUUCCGCCGCGGGUGUCGCUGCACCUCUGCCCUUCCCAGCCCGAACUGCCCCAGCAGCGCCGUCCUCGGCUUCAACCCCAGCUGUCGCCACCACCUUGGCCUGCGCUGCCGCCCCUGCUGCCCGCUUCUUCAGUACCUGAUGUGUCGCAGCCGCAACUGUCGCCCACUUCUUGGCCUGUUGGAACGCCGUUGUGGCCUCCUCAGCGCGAGCUGAUGGUGCAGCCACUAAUUUCUAUGCAGCUAGACGUGCCAUGGCACGACAGCAUGAUGGCCGCACGCGACCGUACACCCUUUUGCCCUCUCGAUCGAGAUCAGCCUGACGUUCCACACGGUGCAGUGGUUUAUCCGGAGCUUUACGAAGCGGUCGCAACCUACGUCGGUGGCGGUCAGAUGUGGACUACCUCGCAGAUUCCCCAGUGCACUACUACGGAUGUAUCCGAUCAUCACACGUAUGACGGUAACGUGCUCUUCCAGCACUCCGACCGACAGCAACAGCAGCAGCAGCAGCAACACACUGAACCAAUUGCUAGUGCAGCAGCGCAGGUAGAAGGUAGUACUACUCCUGAUGAUCAAUCUGCAGCUGUCGGAGCGGAGGGUGAAGCGGAGAAGGAUCUUGGGGCGUUCCUUCAAUCUGUUCCUACGGAGCAGCCCCCGGUGUCGUCCGACCAUGCGCGCUACCUAGACGAGUCCCUCUACAUGGUCCACGAUGGCUCCCUGUUUGCCGAGAUGCCUACCAUCGAUAUCGGCGUCGACGACUACUUGAUUAGCGAUGGCCUCGACUUUUUGGAUAUCUGA